GACUUGCGCCUAUCUGAGAGUGAUUAAACGGUCACGUUUCUUGGUACUGUUUAGACAUAUUUGACGUGGUCCAAGCAGUAAUGUGGGUCUACAGCCUGUUGUUCCUCCCUGCUGUCUGGGGGGGAACUGAACUUCUGAAGAACGCCGACUUCGAGAACCAUUUCAGCAGCUCCGACUGGAAGGCUAUGUCCGGCACCAUCUCGGCGACAUCCGACGCCUAUCACGGUCACCGAGCGGCUAAAGUCACUAAAAGAACUCAUAGUUAUGGCGCACUUGAACAAUACGUCACGGUCAAGAGAGGUCAUCGCUAUUACUUCCGGGCGUAUGUGAAGAUCCUGAACUAUGCACACGGCAAAGACAAGCAAGAUGUAGCUUCUGGGAUAAGCUUCACGGAACGAGGCAGCGGGAAGACCCACUACCAGGGGUUCGGCGUGACUCCGUACAUACAGGUUGGCCAGUGGCACAUCAUCGGAGGGGAUACACUCAUCCCGGACGUUGAUAUUACUGGUGCGCACGUGUACAUCCGACCUGAUGACCAGAGCGUGGACUUCAUCGUGGACGACGCCAGUCUACAGGAAAUCCUCCCCCUUGACUGGUUUCCCCGCCGACGCAAACAAGAGGAUCGAUUCAAUAAGAAAAGCUGAUAUCACGAUCAGGCUUGAUGACCAUUCGGUAGCCCCAAGCGGUCUAAGUGUCGAGGUAGAGGAAACAUCGGGUAUGUUUGGCUUUGGGUCAGCUAUAAAUGCUAAAGCGCUGGUGGAUCCAAGCAUGAAGGGCUACCAGAACUUCUUCUACCAGAACUUCAAGUGGGCAGUCCAUGGAGGCUACCUCAAGUGGAAGACGAUGGAACCACAAAGGGGUCACAUCGACUACGACACUGCAAUGAAGGCCAUUAAUGCACUGUUGAGUCACGGCGUUAAAAUUAGAGGUCACAAUAUCUUCACGGGAGUCGAACUCGCCUGCCUGGGUUGACCACCUAUCUGGACAAGCUUUACGCCAGGCAAUGGAGAAACGCCUGCACGACGUGGUUGGGCAUUACAAGGGAAAAUUGCAGCAGUGGGAUUAUGGACAACGAGUGUCCUGAGUAACGACACCCCUUGUACGCCAUUCCGGAGACGGAAACCUCACCAUGUGGAUGUUUUGAGAGGCCCACAAGAUCGACCCUAACGUCCAGCUGUACUUCAACGACCACGAGGAAUUAUGAACUACAAACA